UAGUUUCUAACCUAAAAAUUAGCCAUCCUUUGUCCUUUCAAUUUUAUUUAUAUUAAAAUAAAACGUUUUUUAGAGCGUUUAAGGAUUUAAAUUAAUUUAACGUGCUCAACAUUAACAAUGCACUAAAAAAAAGGGAGAAACCAUAACUUUCUUUAUCCUCAACUUUACGCACCAAAACAACUAUUUUUACACUUUUACUUGCCUUUUAGAUGACCCUCUCAGUUGUUCCAAUACACAAACAACCCCAAUUCCUCAGGGCUUGUUGUGAUUUAGUUAACAGUGAAUGGAAAAGAAGUGAUACAGCACGCCUUCGAAGCUUAGAAUCAUCUUGUGACCACUUGCCUGUCUCUUUAAUUCUUAUUAAGGAAGGCAGCCUUAUUGGACACCUGAAACUCUCCAUAAUUCCCAGCAUAAAAGAGGGAUGUUUUGUUGAAAGUGUUGUUAUAAAACAAGAUCACAGAGGCCAAGGUUAUGGCACAGUUUUAAUGAAAGAAGCUGAAAAGUAUUGUAAGAACUUUCUGCAUUUAAAAGUGAUUUAUUUGUCUACUAAGGGUCAAGAAAAGUUUUAUCAUAAAUUGGGUUAUGAGGAGUGUGCGCCCAUAUCCAUUUAUGGAAGUUUUGGUGUAUCUAGUCAAGUAAAAUCAUUCAAAGACAAUAAGUGUGUUAAGAAGGUAGUAUCAGAAAAUGCACCGAUGGCUCCACCCUUGCCAGUUCAUAUAAACAAUAGUGGAAAUUCUUUAAAAACUUAUAUGAGAAAAGAGUUAUAAUAAGUUUAUGGUUUGUACAUAUGAUGUAUGUAAAUAAAUUCGUGUUUGACAUC